AUGACUGUCAGCAAUGAAAUCUUGGAGCUCCUGGCCACAUCAUUUCCGGGCUUCAGGGCCUUAUCUUUGAUGAGUUGUGAUGGAUUCAGGACAGAUGGUCUCAAAGCUAUUGCCACCCAUUGCAGGGAUGAGUAUAAAAGACCAACAUCAGACAAGGUGAUCACUGAGGUUGAUAAGUGGAUGGGGAGAUUUGAUUGUUUAGUCAUCGGUCCAGAUGAUAUAAGACUGUUCACACCUCCCAGGAAAACUGCAGAACAUUCAGGUUUCGACUCACAGUUUGAUGGCAUGUGUUGUAAGGCUGGUAACAGAGUGUGCAAAAGUUUGUCUGCAACGGAGGACUCUGUUUCAGAUGUCAUGUUUUGUGAUAUUUGCUGCAGUGAACCUGGCUUUUGCAGAGAUGAUUGUCGUAUUCUUUGUUGCAAGACUAUCAAAAUGGCCUUUGGAGGCUAUAGUUACUUUCCAAGAUUGGCUACGUCAAACGGUAAAUUAUCUACUCUGAUGACCUGA